AUGGUGUUCAGGUCCCAGCUAGAGCUUUACAGCGCUCUUCCUCUCCUGCCAAACUCAACCGAGCGCGCUUUUCUCUUCCUAGCUAGCUCCCAGCCCCAAGAAGAGUUGUCAAUGUUCCAGCUACCGACCAUCAACUUCACUCCGGAACAAGUGGCCAGCGUUUGCGAGACGCUGGAGGAGACGGGCGACAUCGAAAGAUUGGGACGUUUCCUCUGGUCUUUACCUGUGGCACCAGGGGCAUGCGAGGCGAUCAACAAACACGAAUCGAUCCUCAGAGCCCGGGCGGUAGUAGCCUUCCACACGGGCAACUUCCGAGACUUGUACCACAUCCUGGAGAACCACAAGUUCACCAAGGAAUCCCACGGCAAGCUGCAGGCGAUGUGGCUCGAAGCGCACUACCAGGAGGCCGAGAAGUUGAGGGGUCGCCCUCUGGGGCCGGUCGAUAAGUAUCGCGUCCGCAAGAAGUUCCCCCUGCCCCGAACCAUCUGGGACGGCGAGCAAAAAACGCACUGCUUCAAAGAGAGGACACGCAGCUUGUUACGAGAGUGGUACUUGCAGGACCCAUACCCAAACCCUUCCAAAAAAAGGGAACUGGCCCAGGCAACCGGCCUCACCCCGACGCAAGUGGGGAACUGGUUUAAAAACCGUAGGCAGAGAGACAGGGCAGCGGCCGCCAAAAACAGGCUGCAGCAUCAAGCGGUAGGACAGAGUGGGGUUUGUACGCUAUCGGAGCCGGGCUGCACUGCUCACAGCGCGGCGGAAUCUCCGUCCACAGCCGCCAGCCCUACUACCAGUGUGUCGAGCAUGACAGAGCGAGCGGAGACGGCCGCAUCCAUCCUGUCGGUGACCUCCAGCGACAGUGAAUGUGAUGUAUGAUACACAAAAAAAGACAAAUUCGUAAUACAUUCACAAAGGAAUAUGGACCUGAGCUGUAAGACAAAAUUUAAAAAAGACAUUUAAUGACAAUUUUUAAAAGACAGAAACAAAACCACAUCCGAGAAGAAAAAAAAAGUGACAAACAGUUCUAGGACGAGCACGUCUGAUCCAGCGUUUUUCAAGGAGGCACCCGUCUUGCAUGAUGUAUUUUAUAUCUGAGGAAAUAAUAAUCUACAUUAAUAUUUUUUACAAGGAACUGCAAUGAAGAGGGAAUGAGAGAAUUUUCGUCGCCUUUGUUGCUCUCUAUAGUCCGAGUGCUGGUCAGACCCCCGAAGCCAAGCUGCAAUCGUUUUUCAGUUUCGCAGACAAUCAUUUUUCGUAAGCACCUUUUUCUACACUUCUGUUACUGCCUAUGUGGGUACUGGUUAUGUGAAAGAAUAGUUAUGACUGUAACAGAUUUUUAUUUUUAUUUCAAAAUUUUAUAUGAAUUAUGUAUAUCUAAUGACGCGAUCAUUCUCCCAGUUUGUAAUAUAUGUGUAGAAAUGCCUGUAUCUGAAAUGCUCCUGUUUUUCCUUCUUUCUCUAUCUAUCUGGAUCACAGACUCAGUGUUUUUGCAUAUUGUGUUAAGCGUCUGACGAAAGUGCUAGGUUCUCAACAAAAUGGGAGGGUGGGUGAUGCCCAGCUGGAUAUUCAGUAUCUAGUGCGAUGUAACUUUAUGCAAAGUGCUAUUUUGGGUAUUUUCAGUCAGAAUGAAGUUAUAUUAUAUCACUCCAGUUCAUGUUGGGCGCUUAUUAGUCACUGUUUCUUCAACUACGUGUUUAUCUAUAUGUAAAGAAAAACCUUUCUAACUCAAAAUAUAGUAUUCCGUUUUGUUAUAUCUGCUGGCUUGUUGUGUCUUUCUCUUCAAAGUAUUUU